UGAUGUUGAUUAAAAGAGGAACAUAGGACACAAACAGUUGGGAGGAGGAGGAAAACCUCCCGCACCGUCUCCAAUGUGCCCAUAUAUAUUGCGCUAAUUGUCUGACCACCAUGCUGCUGGAGUCCCCAUCGAACACAAUCACAUGCCCGGAGUGCAAGAGGAUCACUUGUGUGAAUGGAGAAGGACUUGAUGGGCUGCAGGUAGACAUCCAGACCAUCGGGCUUGUUUACACUGCCAAAACCAGGAGGGGCCGAGAAGAAAUUCAGAAUGCCAACACUGAAAACAACACCGGUGCUGCAUCACCCCAACAGGACAAGGAAGUGACAUUGAAGAGAGCAUUGGAUGAUGCCCUUGCUGAAGCAAUUAAAAAUCAAAGCGAGUUGCAGAGUGUUUAUGAGGAUUUGGUCAAUGGACUGCAGAGUCAAAUUAUGACAGAAAAGAUGCGUUUGAAGUCAGAGAUCACAGAGAUGACCAAAAAAGCAGUGGCCCUACUUCAGGAAAGGAAGAUGACAUUGAUGGCAGAGCUGGAUCAGCUGGAGCAUGUGUUCUCAGAAAGUCAUGCCAUGCUGCAGAAGGUUGAGGAAAAGAAGAAAUGCAUCGAGAGUGCUAUUGCGGAGGCCAAAAGCCUACAGCUACCUCUGCUCCAAGAGCAUUGCGGUACAGAGAAGGUCCUAGAAGCGCUGCUUGCUCCUGUUGAUAUGCAGACUUUUGAUAUGAGCUGUCUUAACAAGUACUCAGGACUCCGCUGCUGUCUUGACAAAGAUAGUCUGAAACAGAGUCUCAGCAUCAACCAAGGCAAAGCUACUAGUGUGCCAAUAGAGAGUGCAGAGCGAUCAAGAAGAUCGUCUGAAAGUCCAGUGGAUUCUCAAAGUCACUCAAAGCAGGAGAGCAGGGGGCCUGUAACUACUCCUCCGAACUCUGGUCCAGAUGUCAUAAUUGAAAAGAUUGAGGACGGCUCAGUAGGGUCGUGUCCAACUCCUGUGCAGCAUAGUCUGAAACAGAUUCUCAGCAUCAACCAAGGCAACGGUACUAGUGUGCCAAUAGAGAGUGCAGAGCGAUCAAGAAGAUUGUCUGAAAGUCCAGUGGAUUCUCAAAGUCACUCAAAGCAGGAGAGCAGGGGUCCUGUAAAUACUCAUCCGAACUCUGGUCCAGAUGUCAUAAUUGAAAAGAUUGAGGACGGCUCAGUAGCAACUCCUGUACAGCCCACCCCUGUGCCUAAGCAGGAUAGUAAGAGGAAUCGCCCUCCGAAGUUGAAAGAGCCCCCACGAAGUAAAGACAAAGUGUGUGUGUCCUGGGUUGUCGUCUCUCACGUGGUCAAUCCUGGUCACUUCUAUGUGCGCUACGUGUCGGAAGCAGGCACAGAAGAGCAGUUACACCGCAUAGUCAACAGCUUCUGCUUUGGGACAAAAGGCCUGCUAUGCCCUGAGCACACCAUCACUAAAGGUGAUAUGCUGUUUGCGUUCCAUGAGCCUGAUGGGUGGCAGAGAGUCAAAGUCCUUGACGUGCACCAGCAUGGGUCUGCGAAGACUGUCAGACAGUGCAACGCCACAGAAGUCUCGCGGCUUGACGUUUUUUUCCUUGACCGUGGCUUUCAGAAGAUCCUUGAAAUUCAAAGGUAUACUUAA